ACGAUUCACCUCAUCCUACGCACUUUCUCCAUAUCUUUCGCAGUUCUUCCCUGAAACAAUAACCGUAUCUUCUAGCAGCCAAAAACCAGUCGUAAACCGUUUCAGUACAAGAAGGAUAUUACACAAGUUUUUUUUCAUGUCACCGCUGGACCGAAGUUUACCGAAAUGGAAAUAUAUUAUAGACGCUGGUGGGAACGCAUCUUGAUUUUGGCCACUGCGUUAACGUCACCUGCAUUCACAGUCCUGUGCAAUGACAUUCUUGGCCUGAAGGGGGCCGCUGACCCAGUUCUUACCCCCAGCACGGUGUGCCUGCAGCUUGCGGGCCUGAGUAAGCGGCAGAUGCGGCUGUGCGUGCGCAGCCCCGACGUGACGGCCUCCGCCCUGCAGGGCAUCCAGGUGGCGCUGCACGAGUGCCAGCACCAGCUGCGGGACCAGCGCUGGAACUGCUCCUCCCUGGAGAGCCACGGCAAGCUGCCCCACCAGAGCCCUAUCCUCAGCCGCGGUUUCCGGGAAAGCGCCUUCUCCCUGGCGCUGAUGGCAGCGGGCGUGGCCCACUCGGUGACGUCGGCCUGCAGUCUGGGAAAGCUGAGGGGGUGUGGCUGCGAGGCCAAGCGUCGCCUGGACGACAGCAGGAUCCUGCUCAAGCUCCGCCAUUUGCAGCACCAGACCAUACAGAGGGGCGGCGGCGGCGGGGGGGCGGCGGCCCGGGGGGGCCAGCUGCAUCCCUUCGAACUCCAUCGCCUGACUGCGCACUCUCUCAGCCCCCUCCUGGAGGAGCCCCCCUCCUCGCAGGACACCUGGGGCUGGGGCGGCUGCAGCCACGACGCCCGCCUCGGCGAGCGCUUCUCCCGCGACUGGCUGGACCCCCGCGAGUCACCGCGCGACAUCCACGCCCGCAUGCGCCUGCACAACAACCGCGUGGGCCGGCAGGUAGUGGCAGACAACAUAAAGAGGAAGUGCAAGUGCCAUGGCACAUCGGGGAGUUGCCAGUUCAAGACCUGCUGGUACGCCACGCCCGAGUUCCGGCAGGUGGGCGCGGUGCUGCGGGAGAAGUUCGCGUCCGCCGUCUUCAUCAACUCGCAGAACAAGAACAGCGGCGUCUUCAACCCCCGGGCCCGGGGCGGGGCUAAGGGACAGGGGAGGGGGCGGGGCCGCAGGCGGCGGCGGCGGCGGCACCUGUCCGGCGAGCUGGUCUACUUCGAGAAGUCGCCGGACUUCUGCGAGCGGGAGCCGGCGGUGGACUCGCCGGGCACGCCGGGCCGCGUCUGCAACAAGACGAGCGCGCGCACGGACGGCUGCGGCUCGCUGUGCUGCGGCCGCGGCCACAACGUGCUGCGGCAGACCCGCGCCGAGCGCUGCCACUGCCGCUUCCACUGGUGCUGCUACGUGCUGUGCGAGGAGUGCCGCGUCAGCGAGUGGGUCAACGUCUGCAAGUGAGCCGCCGCCCACGCCCCCACGCCCGCGCGGACGCCGCCCGCCGCUUCGGGCAGCGCCCCCACGAACGGGGUACGGCAGGGGCUGCGUCCCUCCCCACGACGGCGGGCUGGGGGUGUGUGCUGAGCAGCUGCCACAGAGGGCUGGAACCAUCCGGAAAGUCAGAUGGCAUUCGUGUGUCGCAUUUUUUAAAGCUGUGUAAUCUUUGUGAAAACAUUGAGUUCUCAUUAUUUUGUCAUGCAAAAGCACCUCUGUAAUGUCCUAAGUUUUCCUAUGUUUUCCAUGUAGGGAAAAAAGAAUUAAGUCCAAGGUCCUCUUCAUAAUCAAACUGAACAAUUGUGGUUUGUUAGGAGGGGGGUCGGGGUGGUAAAAACAGAGAGGUUGUAAAAACGUUGCGAAAACAUUUGUUUCUUGUCAGCCGCCCUAAACAAAUCCUAACCUUGCACAACCUUACUGCUGAAUGCAAGGCCCAGGAAGUUAGCUAACUAAGCAGCAUUCUGCCUGUUCUGUACAGAAAGCCUCCCCUGCCUCCCCUCUGGGGAAAUGUGCAGAAGGCUGUGUGGUUGCACAGGGAAAUGGGACAUUAUUCAGCUAGUGCCCAAACAGUUUCCACUGUUCAUCGGUUGCGUUCGGCUAUUGAAAACUGCUGUUCCUGACACUUCCUUAGCCAAAUACAACAGUCUCUGUAUAACCCCUUAACAAAAAAAAAUCAUCACAUUUAUGCAAUGCGUCUACUUCUCUGAUCUGAUUGUACCUCAUAUGGAUAAAUUACACAGCUCCAGCCCCAACCCCUAAGUUUCUGUCUGGUUUUCGUGUAUUAUCCGUUCGUAUGUAUUCCUUCUCUUGAGAUUAAUUUUCUCGUCCCCGCCGAUGUUGUUCUCAAAAUGCCAAGGAGCCGUUUGAAUCCCUGGCCGUUCUUAACUGUGAAAAACCUCCCAGCUUCAUCUGCUCUUUCUGAAACAAAGGACAACAGCAGGAGCACAAACGUGGAAAAAUACUGCAAAACAUUAGCUCCUACCAUAAUACACCGCUGCGUGCAUAUUAUGU